AUGACGUUCCUGUUAGGCGCUGUAGUCGCUGUUGUACUCAUAAGUUUAUUGUUUAUUAUCCGGUUAUUGAUUGUUGUGAAGACUGGAUGGAAACAUAAAGCUGGAAGCAGAGGCUCGGUCUCUGCUCUGGUGGUCGCAGGAUCAGGUGGUCACACUACAGAGAUCCUGCGGCUGAUGGAGAGCCUGUCUGCAGUCUACACACCUCGACACUAUGUCAUCGCUGACACUGAUAAGAUGAGCGAGGAGAAAAUCUGCAGCUUUGAAAGCUCUAAACAACACUCUGACUCUGAGUCACAGUUCACUAUCUAUCGGAUCCCACGCAGUCGGGAGGUGCAUCAGUCGUGGAAGUCGUCUGUUCUCAGCACACUGACUGCUCUGUGGUACUCCCUCCCUCUGGUCUUCAGACUGAGACCUGACAUGGUGCUGUGUAAUGGCCCGGGGACCUGCGUUCCCCUGUGCGUGGCAGGAGUCCUGCUUGGAAUUCUGGGAAUGAAGAAAGUCCUGAUAGUUUAUGUUGAAAGCAUUUGCCGUGUGGAAACGCUGUCGCUCACAGGGAAGAUUCUCUACUUCAUAUCAGACUAUUUCUUUGUGCAGUGGUCCAGUCUGAGGGACAAAUACCCCAAAUCCAUUUUCCUUGGAAGAAUAGUGUAAAAACAUCUGUUACACAGAAAUGUAAGAAUAUUCUUGAAUAAAUGCUCUAUUUUUUUGUUGUUGCAAUCUGUUUACAUGUUCUUAUCUCUUCACAUCUGUAAAGGUGUGUGUCAUGUGAAUGUGUUCCAAAAUGACAUUCUCAUGUACUUCUUUUGUUGUGAUCAACAUAUCUUAUGUAAAUACAGAGAUAAAAACUUGAGAGCGAUCUGGAAGCAGGUAAUAUGUGUAUGUUGUACAUAUUUAGUAUUAGCAUGGUAAUAUACAGCAAGACCCAACCUGGAUGAUGGAUGAGAAUCAGCUUUAUUGGUAAAGUAUAUUGACAAGGUUGUGAAGGUUACUAUGGAAAUAUAAUAGGUUACAGAUUACUAGUUACUCUAUUUAAAAUGGAAUAAGUAAUGUAACUAUUUCAAUGACUUCAUCAAAGUAAUGUAACUUAUUACAUUUGAUGACUUUUCCAAUGUUCUAACCAAUGUUUCCAGCUGUUCCCAUUAAGCACCAAAAUCUAAGUUCAGCUGUUUUUCAUGGAUACUGACAUGAUUUAUAAGAGAGAUCUUUUCUUAUAAAGCAACAUUUAUCUCUCAUUUGAAAAUGUAUUCAUUAGUUCAUGUAGAUUUUGGAAUAUAAAAUAAAGAUAUUUGAUG